UGGCCUCCACACAGCCGCCACCGACACCGACACCACCGAGGAUGAACCGACCAGCCAGCGGCCCUUCACUUCCCGGAGCGGAGACGGACGUCAAGCCGAAGCAGAGGCACCGGUAGAGGCGAGCCGCGCCGGGGAGAGCCGCCUCACAAUCCCAUGCCACCCCGGUCUCCUCCAUGCCUUCGUCUAAAGCCAAGUACAGCUAUUCGAUAAAGAGGGGUGCAAACCCGGGCAGCAGCGGCGGCAGAAACAUGACAACCAACAGGGAUUAUUCAGUUAAUCUGUCAGUGCAGCAAGUGCUGAGCCUUUGGGUGCAAGGGACGACGCUGCAGCACUUCACAGAGAUGUGGUACUGGGUGUUCCUGUGGUGUCUCUUCUCCUCGCUCUUUGUCCACGGGGCGGUGGGGCUGCUCAUGUUAGUCAUGCUGCAGCGCCACAAGAGGGGCCGCCUCAUCACCCUGGUGCUGGUCAGCGUGGGUUUCCUGGCCUCCCUCUCCGGAGGCGUCAUCACUAGCGCGGCGGUGGCGGGGGUGUACCGCGUGGCGGGUAAGGACAUGGCACCGCUGGAGGCGCUGGUGUUCGGCGUGGGCCAGACUACCCUCUCUGUCAUCAUAUCUUUCUCACGCGUCAUGGCCACUCUGUGAAGCGACCCCCUCGACGAGUUGAAGGACAGACGCCGCCACGAGAGGAGCCGACGAAUCGAGCCAAUCAGAGACUUAAAAAGCGCUUGUCGUGGCCGCGUUUGUGGAGGCAGAGGAGGAAGCAGAAAUGCUCUGGACCUUUGGGGCUGGAUGCAGCGCAGAGAGAGGGAGACAGAGCCCCCCGAUGUCUCUGUUCUGUUACUGCCACAUUCACAGGAGCCCCUUCUCUGCAAUUCAAAGGGAACUCAAUGUGGGCCGGCUGUCUCCAUGUCACAGAGUCGCACCAGGCGGAGAUGGCGCCAUCGUCAGCUUCUGGACUGAAAGCCAUGUUCGGGGUGUUUCCAGAGUUACAUCACUUCUUUGUGCCAACGGCCUUCUCUGGGACAUCCAGAUGCCUUUGUGGCCACUGACUCUUGAAGGCUUUCUGUUGCACUUGUGGAGGAAAGGUUUUUUUAAAAAGAAAAAAAACAGCAACCUGUAAUGAUGAUCUGACGAGCUUGUGAUCCUUUAGCAAUCAGAAUGCAUUUUAAAGCGCCAUGUGAGAACAAAAGUUAAGUAACGAGGGGCGUUUUUAGGGAGCGACAACCCAACAGUGUUCAUCAGCAAAAACACCUUUUUUGUCAGUAUUAAAUAUCAGCUUCACCUCUCAGUCAUCUAGUACAGAUUAUCACGAUCAUUCCUUUUUUUCCAUAAACGGCUUAAAAGCUGCAGCAUCCAACUCACGAGCAAGACGCAGCUUUGAAUUUUGCACUUUGUAAACGUUGGAGACGCUCUUUGCCCGAGAGGUCUGAAAUCAGUUGAGGUGGGGAUAAAAACCAGCAUCAGUGCUACGUUCAGUUUGUCUCGAAUGAUUCAUUGUGUGCCAA